AUGGGGAAUGAAGGCCCUCACGGGGUUCUUGAUCCAGGAACACCAAAAUGUGUCCAGAGAUUAAAAAAAAAGACCGCAAACUCUGUCUCCUAUCAGGUGUCCCUGAAUUCUGGGUAACAUUUCUGUGAAGGUUCCCUCAUCAACAGACAAUGGGUCCUGUCAGCUGCCCACUGCUACAAGUCUCGUAUCCAAGUGCAGCUCGGGAAACAUAACCUGGCACUCACAGAAUCAUCACAGCAGUUGAUUAGUGCAGCUAAAAUCAUCCACCACCCUGGCUACAGCUCCUCAACACUGAACAAUGACAUUAUGCUCAUCAAGCUUGCCACACCAGCCCAGCUCAACAGAGCUGUCCAAACAGUUCCUUCUGCUAGCAGCUGUGCUGCUGCAGGCUGGGGCAACACACUCAGCAAUGGCAAUCUGUAUCCAGACACUUUGGAGUGCCUGAAGGCUCCUGUACUCACCUCAAGCAAGUGCACCCAUGCCUACCCAGGGAAAAUUACCAACAACAUGAUAUGUGUGGGAUUCUUGGAGGGAGGGAAAGACUCCUGCCAG